AUGACUGAAGCAAUCCAAGCCAUGAAUGCUAUGGCCGCAGCAAUGGCCCAACAAGCUGCGAUCCAGGCUCAACGAGAUGCACAGAGGGAUCAGAGGGAUGAAGCAGCCAGUGCAGCAAGAGCAUUGAAUGAAUUUCGUCGACAAGAUCCGCCUAAAUUCAAAGGGGAACAUGACCCCGACAAGGCUGAUCUUUGGCUGCAAGAAAUCGAGAAGAUCUUCGAGAUCUUACACUGCUCUGACAAUGCGAAAGUAGAGUAUGCAACCUAUUUGAUGAUUGGUGAAGCUGAAUACUGGUGGCGAGGUGCGAAGAAAAUGAUGGAGACAAAUCAUGAAGAGCUAACCUGGGAGGCUUUCAAGAAUAAGUUCCUAGAAAAAUACUUCCCGAAAAGUGCUAGGGCUGAGAAGGAGGCCCAAUUUCUGAAGUUGUAUCAAGGGAAUCUCACGAUAGCGGAAUAUGCGGCAAAGUUCGAGUCCCUAGCAAAGCACUUCCGCUAUUUCCUAAAUCAGAUAGAUGAAGAAUACAUGUGCGAGAGGUUUGAAAGUGGGCUUAGGUAUGAAAUUAAGGAGUUAGUGGGGCCCUUGGAGAUACGCCAAUAUCAAGUACUAGUGGAGAAAUGCAAGAAAGUGGAGCAGAUGAAACAGAGCCGUCUGAAUAGGGGUGUUGUAGGUGGACCCAUCAGACCUCAGGGGCAUAACGACCAACAUAAUAGGGGCAAGCAGCAUCAACAAUACAAGCCAUAUGCCCGACCACUGGGGAAUGCUAGAGAUCAACCUCGACCUCAAAACGGGGAAGGUCAAGGGCCAAAAGUUCCAAGUCAGAACCAGGCGUACCCUGUUAAGUGUUUUCGCUGCAACAGAGAGGGACACAAGAUGUCUGAGUGUCCAAUCAGACCAAGGGUUUGUUACAUUUGUCAGAAACCAGACCAUUUUGCAAAUGAAUGCCCUGAACGGAAGGACGAUAGAGCUGUCAACCGCAACAAUAUCAACGACAAUGUUGUACGCCCUACUGCCAAGGGACGUGUCUACCACAUCAAUGGAGAGGAAACUCCAUCUUCCUCUGAGCUUAUCCAAGGUGAGUGUUUAAUUGCUGGAAAAUCACUUAAUGUAAUUUAUGAUUCGGGGGCAACACACUCAUUCAUUUCAUUGGAUUGGGUGGAUUCGCUCCAACUUACUAUUACUACUUUGCCGUUUGAUUUGGUGGUUACCCUACCUUCUACCGAAUCAGUGAAAUGUAAUACGGCUUGCUUGCAAUGCCCGUUGAUUGUGUUCGAUAUGAGAUUCAACGUUGAUUUGAUUUGUAUUCCCCUCAAGCAUGUGGGAGUGAUCCUUGGAAUGGAUUGGUUGUCAAGCCAUUAUGUUCUAUUGGAUUUUGCUCGUAAGUCUGUGAUAUUCCCAGACCCAGGUGUUUCUCGAUUCCUCGAUACCAAUAAAUUGAACUUCUCUUUGAAAGAGGGAGUUCGGAAGUGUGUUUCCCUCAACUCAGUCGGUACGAAGCUAGAGGUGGAGGUAGACGGGAUACUUGUGGUCGAAGAUUUUCCAGAGGUAUUUCCGCCGGAUGUACCAGGAUUACCCCCAGUUCGUGAUAUUGAAUUUUCAAUUGAUGUGACUCCGGGUACAGGACCUAUAUCUAUUGCACCAUAUAGAAUGUCUCCAUCGGAAUUGUCAGAGUUGAAAAAUCAGUUGGAGGACCUUUUAUCUAAACAGUUCAUACGACCGAGUGAAGAAGACAUUCCUAAAACUGCAUUCAGGACUCGCUAUGGACACUUUGAGUAUUUGGUAAACUGCAUUAGAACUUGCUAUGGACACUUUGAGUAUUUGGUGAUGCCUUUUGGUGUCACCAACGCACCAGCUAUUUUCAUGGACUACAUGAAUCGUAUAUUUCACCCCUUCUUAGACAAAUUUGUAGUGGUUUUCAUUGAUGACAUAUUGAUUUAUUCUAAGAGCCUGGAGGAACAUGAAAUUCACCUACGUCAAGUUUUGCAAGUCUUGAAGGACAAGAGAUUGUAUGCUAAUUCGGGGAAAUGUGAAUUCUGGUUGGAGGAGGUGAAAUUCUUGGGACACGUUAUUUCAAAGGAGGGUAUCGCUGUCGACCCAACUAAAGUAGAGGUUGUGGUGGCAUGGAAACAACCACAGACCGUCACAGAGAUUAGAAGUUUCCUGGGCUUGGCUGGAUAUUAUAGAAGAUUCAUUGAGGAUUUUGCCAAGAUUGCAGCGCCGUUGACACAACUCACAAGGAAGAAUCAUAUUUACGCAUGGACGGAGGAAUGUGAAAGGAGUUUUCAGAUGAUGAAAGAGAAGCUAACUACAUCACCGGUGUUGGUGUUACCACAACCAGAAGAACCAUAUGAAGUUUAUUGUGAUGCUUCUUUACAAGGGUUGGGUUGUGUACUUAUGCAGAACAAACAAGUGGUAGCAUAUGCUUCAAGACAGUUGAAGGUGCAUGAGAAACAUUAUCCCACGCAUGACAUGGAGUUGGCUGCAAUAGUUUUUGCACUAAAAAUUUGGAGGCACUAUCUGUAUGGGUGCAAUUUUGAUGUAUACAGUGACCAUAAAAGUUUGAAAUACUUGUUCGACCAGAAGGAGCUUAAUAUCCGACAGCGAAGAUGGAUGGAGUUCAUCAAGGAUUAUGAGUUCACGUUGCACUAUCACCCAGGAAAGGCCAAUGCAUUGGGUACUAAAUUGAGAUUGAGUUCUGCUUACCACCCUCAAACCGAUGGCCAAACUGAAAGGACUAUUCAGACCUUAGAAGAUUUGCUAAGAGCUUGUACAUUAGAUAACAGAGGAAGUUGGGAUGAUCUAUUGCCUCUUGUCGAAUUUACCUAUAAUAAUAGCUAUCAUGCAAGCAUCGGUAUGGCCCCGUACGAGGCUUUGUAUGGGCGCAAGUGUCAAACUCCCUUGUGUUGGUAUCAGGAUGGCGAAAACUUAAUCGUAGGGCCAGAGCUGGUGCAACAGACUACAGAGAAGGUGCGUCAGAUCCAAGAGCGGAUGAGAACAGCACAGAGCAGGCAGAAGAGUUAUGCUGAUCGACAUAGGAGACCCUUAGAGUUUCAGGAGGAUGAACAUGUAUUCUUGAGAGUGACGCCUACUACUGGAGUUGGUAGGGCAUUGAAGUCUAAAAAGCUUACUCCGAAGUUUAUUGGACCAUAUCAAAUUCUUCGACGUGUGGGUCCAGUGGCGUAUCAAAUUGCUUUACCACCGAAUUUAGCUAAUUUACAUGAUGUGUUCCAUGUAUCACAAUUGAGGAAGUACAUUGCAGAUCCAUCCCAUAUUAUUGCCCCAGAUGAUAUUCAAUUGAAGGAGAAUUUUACCUUCGAGGUCCCACCGAUAAGCAUCGCUGACAGAACUACCAAACAUUUGAGGGGAAAGGAAAUUCCGUUGGUUAAGGUGAUUUGGAACCAGACAACUGGGGAUGCUACUUGGGAGUUGGAAGAGAAGAUAAGAGAGCUUUACCCAUACCUUUUAGAGACCUCUUAG